AUACCUGGACGAAGAGAUGGCAACAAAAACGUGUGGCGAUUGGCGCAGUUGUGUGAAGUUAUCUGUCUGUAAGCUGUAGGACGUAGGUUUAUGUUCGGGAUCGUGAGUGAAGCACCGCGAUCAAAUAUCGAGUUCUAUUUUACUUUAUGCUCCCCGAAAUAUUACUUUUGACCUGAGCUAUUAAAUUGAUCGUCAUGGUCCGUGCUAAACGCUUACUAAAAAAUAAAGUUAGAUCUGUUAUACAUGAAAAAGAAGACAAUGUCAUCCGCUCCAAGAAGGACCGGGACAUUUUCUCUGUACAGAAGCAAUCCAAAAAGAAGGCAGAGAAGGUGUUGGAAAACACUGCACCAGCAUCUGAUGGGGAAGAUGAAGUUCUUCAGGAGAUAAAGCAACUUGCUUCUCGCACCAAGGAACACAAGAAAAAGUUUCACAACUUUGUGCAGCAAGGAUUAAAAGUAUCUUACAAGGAUCUGAGCAUGGGCAGCCUUGUGGGAUGCUGCGUCACCAAAGUGUUCACGGACAGAAUUUGUGUGACGCUGCCUUACAGGAUGAAGGGACAUAUACCACUCACUCACAUCUCAGCUCAGUACACCAAACUCAUGCAUCAGCUGGCUGAUGGUAAGCCUACAAGUGAAGCUGCACACACUUUACCUGAGCUGUACUGGCCUGGGCAAUACCUCACUGCCACUGUAGCUGCUCCUACUCAAACUUCUGAGGAUGAUGUACACCCAGGCAAAAAACAAAAAACUAUGGGUGUGGCUCUGUCAUUGUACCCCAAUGAUGUACAUGGUAGCAGUGUGAAUGCAUCUGCCCUGAGGAGUGGUUGUGUGCUCCAGUGCUCUGUAACGUCAUGUGAAGACCACGGCUACACAAUGGACACUGGCGUCAGAGGUGUUGCUGCUGCCUUCCUCCCUGAAAAGGAUGUGCCUCGAGACAAGCUGGUUGCGGUGGGCAGCGUACUGCCGUGCUGCAUCGUCAGCGUCACUGGUGACGUGAACGCGCUGAGCUUGACACUCUCAGCUGAUCCUAAGACAGUUGUCGCUGCAGCCAACAAGACUUUUGAUGAUGACAAGUACAACCUCCUGCUACCUGGCACUUCUGUUGUGUGCGUCGUCUCUGAGAGCAAUGUUGAUGGGCUCGCUGUACAUUUGGGCUCUGAAGAACAGUACUACAGCAGCCUGUACCCUGAAGACUCUGAGUUACCCCAGACGAAGUUGGCAGCAAGUAAAAUUGGCAUGAUUAGCGCCAUGCAUCUGAGAGGUCCCUACGAUCAGUGCCAUCUCUUCAGGGUGGGACAGAAGCUUGUAGCCAAGGUGCUAUUGGUCACUGGUAUGCCACGUACUGUGCAUCUCACCCUCAACAAGACUGUCUGCAACAACUAUUUACCUGCUGGAGAAGAUCCUAUGCACGGCCUGGUCUUGGACACCGUGGUGCCGGACGCAUCUGUGAUCGACACUUGUGACCUCGGCGUCAAUUUGCGCCUGUCUGCAAAAUGUCGAGCUUUCUGUCCUCUCAACAAAUUACCCAAGGCUCUUAAGUCUAGGAAACUUGCUCAAAAGUAUCAAUCGGGUACUAAAGUUGAAUGCAAGCUGCUGUUCUUCAACCCCUUUGACCAAAUCUUCUUUGUGAGCCUCAAGCCAGCGGACAUCAAGGACCAACAGAGCAUUCCUGAUGAGCUGAAGGUGGGGAAGGUCGUGCGGGUGAAGAUCCUCCGCCACUUGGACGUCGGCGCUGUAGUUCAAUACACAUCAACGGGCCGCGGCAGGGGAACUAAAUCCGUACAAGGCUUCGUCCCGCGUCUGCAUCUUACAGACAAGAACGUAUCCGAUCCUUCCUCGCGUCAUCCGGUCGGUAAAAUUGUUGAAGCCCGAGUUUUGGCUAUUGAAAUCAACGAGUCUAGAAAGUUGAAACACAAGUUGAUCUUCACGCUGAAGACGCUUAUCGUUAAAUCCGACCUCCAACCGAUUUGCGAAUACUCUGACAACUGUAUUGGCCAAGAAGCCGAAGGUGUUGUUACUAAGGUGCAUCCAGAUAAAAUUUUUGUUCAAUUUUUUGGUGAAACUAUGGGACUGCUUUAUGCAAAUGACUAUGCUGAUGUACCAAAUAUGUCUGAAAUGUUCCAAGUAGGCAAUGUUACUAGAGUGAAAAUUAAAGGUAUUGGCAAAUUUGACCCUCCCGUUUACUUCUUGAGUCAUCUGACCAAGUCUUUCAAAACUAGAAAACGUAAAAUAGUAUUGACAGAAUUUGACGUUGCUGCAGAAAAGAAAAAAAUAAUGAAAAAGAACCUGCAAGAUUCCUGGCUUCAAUCCCUGAAGAAAACGGUGGGGGAGUGUCCACAAGAAUAAAGCGCCUCAGGAAUUUUAUGCUAAACAAGAUUGAAUAAAUUGUUCAAUCCUA